AUGGUUUACUGCAAUCACAUUAAUUUAUUGGCUCAAUUAUUUAUUGGGUGCCGCCCUCUCCUAUACAUUACGUACAGUAUAUCUGGCAGUUUUCUGGCAGAUUUGGUCGCAUCGACUGAAGAGGAAAAGAAUUACAAAGGGAUAUGUAUUGCCAUUUGUGUGAUCGGAUGUAUUUGCUCUUUGAUUAUCACUUCAAUAAUACUUCUCACUCCAGACGAUGGCCUCAAAAGAGUGAGGUAUCCGCGCCUGAGAGUCGACGAAAUUGUUUCCAAUGUGUUUCAACCGAAAGACUUCGAUGGCAUUUGGAUAUCAGAAAUCUAUUAA